UACACUGCCCCUCCCUGAGUGCCCUCAAAAAAGGCCAGAUAGCUGCCCACUUUUUAUCGAACAACUCACGGUUGCCUAGCUUUCUAUAUGACACCUCCUUUAAAUCCCACCACCCUGCCCAUCUCUGUGUACCACUCCUGAAAUGACGGCGCUCCAGCCAACUCCCAUCCCCUAAGGAUGACCUGUCUGCCGAUCAUAACACUGACUAGGACCUAAUUUUUUUAUGUACUUAUCCCCUAUAGUAAUGACCACCCCAUUGCCUAAAAUACAGAGUCUGGGGCAAAAUUUAAUUUAAGUGCCCAAUACGUCACACAUAAAACUCAGAACCCUCAACAAAAAUUCUUGGAUCUUAACACACAACCAAAAAACAUGGAUUGCGUCCUCAUCUUCAGAUUAGUAUCACCAGCAGGUGGGUGUGACUUUAAGACCAAUCCUAUACAAUCUAGAGGGGGUCCAAUAGAAUCAAUGUAAAAUCUUGAAAAUCCAGACUCUGAAUUAGCAGGGAGUAAUACUUGGAUGCCUCAUGAUCUUUUCUAAAAGCAGUAAUCACCAUUCCCUGUGUAUCUGCCGCUUUAGGGGUGUGUGUGUUCUACUCCCAAAAAGCAGUUUGGGAGUAGCUGUAAAUACCUAAAUAUUUGAGUGAAUACAAUCCACUCUGACCAGCAGAAAGGGGAACUAUUAAUACAUAAUUUAAGGUUCAGCCAUAUGCCCGAGGCAACAUUUAAAUAAUGUCUGAAUUAAACAAAUGUGAAAUAAAGGGGUGUAACUUAACUUCUCCGGUUAGCUUUAUAGAAAGACAUUUCAAUGCCGAAAUAGGGGCAAGAACUUCCUGUUCAAUAUAAAACCAGGGAGGGGCUCUCUCAGGUGGAAGUGAACAAUGAGCCAAAUGUCUAAGACUGAAAGCAUAAUAAUAAAAACAAUUCUUGGGUAGGUCUAGCCCACCUGUGUCAACCAGCCUAUGUAACUUAUUGAAAUGUAAUCUGGGAUGUUUACCAUUCCAAAUGAAUUUCUUCACUAUGCUAUCAGAAUGCUUGAAAUAAGUGAUGGGGACAUUUAUAGGGAGAGAUAGUAGCAGGUAGUUAAAUUUUGAAAACAAAUCGUUUUAAUUACAUUAACCUUCCCAAUCAUAGAUAAAAGUAACGAAGCCCACCUGCACAUAUCGCUCGAAAACAUUUAUUAAAGGGCCCAAAUGAACUCUAACUAAAUCACACAAAUUUGCUGGGAAUAAAAUACCCAAAUACUUAAUGCCCUGUUUUUGCCACUGGAAGGCGCCUGGCUGAAAAGUCAGUAAAUGAUUGUUAAAAUUACAGUAAAAAAAACAAUAAUCGGGCAUUCCCAAAAUUCCCCGCAUGAUUCAUUUCAUUAUAUUUUAUGGGAAUAGUUAUGUUUUUUCUUAUUUUUAAUAUCACUCAUCUACAUUGGGUUAUAUUUGAUGUAGUUUUGUUAAUGUUUAUUGCAUUAUUUUAAUUUCACAUUUGUCACCCUGAUGGUUUUAAGUGUUUGUGUGAGUGACACUGAGCGCUGUAUCUAAAUGUUUAUUGGUCAUUGCUCCAGGAAGAGUAGGGCUGGGCGAUAAAACGAUAUUGAUAUUUAUCACGAUAAAGAAAAUCCACAAUAAGAUUUUGAGGAAUUUUCAAUAUUUACUGCGUGUCGCUAAAACAUAAACAGUUCGGCUUUCUCAGGCUGCGUUUCCAUUGGGGUGGACGAAAUCCACUCAAAUGCGCUCACAGCGCUAAUAGAGAGCUUGCUCCGCACAGCUGCCAAUCCUACAAUCCACCUUGCGAGCAUGACGCUCGGCUUUCAUAGGAAUGAAGUGAAAACGCUCUCAGCCUCGCUCAAAGCGUGCCAGUGGUAACGUAGGGUCAGACUGGAUGAGCUUGCUAAUGCUAGCUGCCUUGCUAAAGAUUAGGUUACGUCGGACACCGGAUUGAUUCCAUCCGCAUCGCAAGACUUCAUGACAACGGUUGCACCCUCUUAUCUUCUCUAGUGAAGAGCGCGACAGAACAACAGUGAUGUGGACAACAGCUCUGAUUUUUCUGUGCUGUAAUCUUAAUUUACAGCGCAGAAAGUAAAUUAAUAUAAUUUUAUAUAUUUACUAUAUACUAAUAUUGUUCUCUGGCACCAAACAUGCAACAUUUCUGCCCUGUCCCGCUCCGCACGCGUAGCCUCUUUUCCCUGUAUUUGUGUAGACAUGAAGCGCCGCAUGAGUUAACGUGGUUUCAAAGCACCUUUUAGACCAAAACGUUUUUCCCUUCUAAAUGUAUCUUUAUUAAUCAGCAUAUUACGAGCCUUUAAUAAUAAACAAAUCGAAUAAACAAAUCGAUUUCUGUUCUAAUAUUGUGAAAAUUAAUUAGAUGUCUGAAAUGAAUAAGGAAAGACUAAAAUUACUAGUUGGUAGACUAGUCUCGCUAGUCACUUUAAUGAAAAUAUACAAAUGUUUUUUAUUAAAAAAAAAAAACGUUUUCUUAAUUUUCUCUCGGGACACCCCUGAACACGCAUUCAGCAUCAUUCCACAGUCACAAGGGCUUCUAUGCCCCAUACUUUGGUAUCUCUAUGCCCCAUACUUUGGUAUCUGAAUCUAAAGAAAUAUAAGAAAUAUUUCAUUUUAAUGUAAAAAUAUUCCAACAAAUACUGGACUGCUGUCACUAUGUUUCAGAACAAACAGAUGAUCUUUUAACAUUCAUUUUCAAUUGAUAAACUAUAAAAUAUUUGUAUAUUUUGGUAAAAGAUCGCACAGACCCCACUGCUUUGACCGUCUCUGCACCCCCUGAGCAGUUUUGUAGAGACUAUUUUGACUGUUUAGAAUAAUUUUUUUCUUUUCUUCCAUCAACUUUGAAAUAAAAAAAAAAAGUGCAAUGUAUCGUGAUAAAUAUCGAUAUCGAACAAUAUGAAAAAUAUUAUCAUGAUAACAAUUUUGGCCAUAUUGCCCCGUCCUAAGGAAGAGCCAUUACUGAUUGAUUUGCCCUUCUGUAAUUACUGUGGUGAUUAACAAUACAUUAUAAAGUGAAAAGCAGAUUUUUCCAGUUUUAGAAGGUGAAUAUAUCAAGUUUAUUAUUUAAUAAUAUAAACGGUAAUGCACCGUAAAAUAUACUGGCAUCAAAAUUACAUCCCGUAAAGCCUGAAACGUGUUUACUGUAUUUUUUUACUAUGAAUUUCUGGCAACCACAGCUGCCAGUUUUUUACCGUAAAUUUAACAGAAUUUAUUUUUACAGUGUAUAGAUUCUUAAGAACAAGCUCAUCUAAAUGACAAUGUAAUGAUAAAAUCAUCUGUAGAGUUUAUCAACAUAUUUCAACCCACAGACCCUCCAACCUAUACUCUCAUUUAACACAGGGGCCCCUAAUUAAGAUGCUUGUAGUGUAAUAGUUUAAUAAUGUUUAAUAACACUAUUACAUGAUACUAGUGACUCUAACUAAAAUUAAAUUAUUAGCAUUUUUCUGGAUUCAUCGCACCAUUUUACAGUCUGACAGGGAGAGCUUUCUACAUUUGUUAAAUUAUGAUUUUAUGCUCUAUAGAGGCAAUUUAAUGGGCCAAUGAUUUAAAAGUUGUAAUCUUUCGAUUAACCCUUAAAUGCAUGGGAAUUUCACCCAUACUCUAAUAUAUUCGGGUCUUUUGAGAGCCAGGACGUAUAUCUAUCACAAAUGGAUCUACAAAGUGCCGAGAUAGUGUAAAAAAAUAUUUUCAAGAGAAUUAGAAAAUGAUAGAAAAAAUAUAUUGUUUAUGUUAUUAUUUUUCAUUUUUCAUAUAUCAAAGAGAUCAGGAUAAAUCUAGAAAAGAAUUCGUUACUUUCACACUGAAAUUUCAUGAGACGCCAAUGGCUGUCAAACACAUAUUGAGCUGCACAUCACACAUUAGCUACAGAAGUAUUUUCACAGGCAUUAGGGGAUAAUAAAAAAAAAGCUAUAGAACAAAUGAACCACAUUCAGAAAUAAAGGCUAUGAUAUAAUAGGCUAACCUAUAUUUAAAAUAACAAUAUUUACGUUUAAUAUCACUCCAUGGACCCCUACCUUUAUGGACCCCAGACCCUAUAGCCUACUUCGAAUGAGUUUAAUCUUGACCGGAAUUUUUCGCUGGACAUCGAAUUCUAUCUUAGUGUAGUUUCAUCUUUAAUUUUUUUUUUUCGCGGCUAAAAUACUUAAAACAUUGCGUUGACAGACAGAAGACAUGCUGAAGUGUUUAUGCGACCAAUUCUCACGCGCGUGCUCUUCUCGCGCGCGCAUGAUGAGGAUAAAGGGUUAAAUCAGGCUACAGCACUUUCAAAGACAGGCAGGUGUCCCAGUACCAACCCAACUCUGGUGCAGAUGUUUUUAAUCGUCUCUCUAGAACCAAAGAGUUAUUCUUAACUGUCAUUGGCGCGUGAGGGCGAGUUUUGCGGUCAGGGAAAUAGCCUUUGUUGCUCAAGAAGUGAAAACUAGAGUAUAAAUACAGAGAUCUAAACUCACGUCCCACACACAGUCCUCAGACUUUCUAGGAGACUUUUUUUUCUUUCUCUUGCUGCUUGGAAACUCGAGGCGCUCAGUUUGGCUCAGCUGUUUCAAUAAAAUUAGGUUAUUUCAAACAGUUCCUCCUUUCUGUCCUCCAACAUGUGGUGGAUGCUGUUUCCUCGCUGGAUCUGGUUCGUGGCGGGGCAGAUUUUACUCCUGUUUGUGGACAGGCAAUGCGUGAAAGGCAUGACUUUGCAAAGAGUUCCGUAUUCCCACGCAGGGAUUUGUCCAAACGACAUGAAUCCAAAUUUGUGGGUUGAUGCAAUGAGCACCUGCACGCGAGAAUGUGAAUCUGAUCAGGAAUGUGAAACAUUUGAAAAGUGCUGCGCCAAUGUUUGUGGUAAUCAAAGCUGUGUGGCAGCCCGCUACAUUGAUGCCACUGGAAAAAAAGGCCCCAUGGGUAUGCCUAAGGAAGCUACCUGCGACAAAUUCAUGUGUAAUCAGCAAGGCUCUCAGUGUGACAUCUGGGAUGGCCAGCCUGUGUGCAAGUGCCGUGACCGCUGUGAGAGGGAGCCCCAAUUCACCUGCGCUUCUGACGGCAUGACCUAUUACAACAAGUGCUACAUGGAUGCGGAAGCCUGCUCCAAGGGAAUCUCCCUGUCUGUAGUAAUAUGCAGGUUUCACCUCACCUGGCCUAAUACUAGCCCACCUCAACCUGCAGGCACCACCGCCUUCCCCACCACCGCCCUGCAGAAAACCACCCCAUUAGACGUGCAUGCCCCUGUGAUGGUGGGAAGCCCUUUGCAACAGUCUGUUUUUGUUGGUGAUACAGCCAGCUUCCUUUGUGAAGUUUCUGGCCGGCCAAAGCCUGAGAUAACCUGGGAGAAGCAGCUGGAGGGGCAAGACAACGUGGUCAUGAAACCAAACCACGUACAUGGAAAUGUGGUCGUCACCAACAUUGGCCAGCUGGUUAUCUAUAACGCCCAGCCGCUAGAUGCAGGUAUCUAUACCUGCACGGCCACCAACACAGGUGGCUCUGUCCAAGCCCAUUUUCCGCUGUCUGUGGUCCAGAGAGAGCCAGUCAAAAAAGAGGAGCAGACUAACAGCACAGGUUUCCCAGCCGAGGAGUGCUCGAAAGUGCCUGACAGUGACGACUGUGGGGAAGAAAAGCUUAAUUGGUUUUAUGACCCUCAGAGAAACAACUGCUACACUUUCACUUAUGGUAACUGCAACAAAAACCAAAAUCACUUUAAAACAUACGAGACAUGCAUGUUGUCUUGCCGGGAAGAACUCUCUGCACCCUGUCACCUGUCGAGCGACCAGGGACCUUGCAAGGCGUACGAACCACGAUGGGCCUACAGUGCGUCCCUACACCAGUGCCAACCCUUCAUUUACGGUGGUUGUAAAGGCAACGAGAACAACUUUAAAACAAAAGAAGCAUGUGAGGACGCCUGUCCGUUUCCAAGGAACCACCAGUGCAAGCCAUGCAAGCCACGGCACAAGAUGGUGGCCAGUUUCUGUAAAAGCGAUUUUGUCAUUCUGGGACGCAUGACGGAGUUGACAGAGGACCAAGACUCCGGUCAUGCUCUGAUCACUGUGGAGGAGAUCUUGAAGGAUGAGAAAAUGGGGCUGAAGUUCUUUGGGAAGGAGCCCUUGGAAGUGACAUUGCAGAACAUGGACUGGGCCUGUCCGUGUCCUAACAUCACCACUGCAGAUGGUCAAGUCAUCAUCAUGGGUGAAGUGAAUAAUGGCAUGGCUGUCCUACAGCCGGACAGCUUCAUCAGCCUUUCCAGCAUUCGACGUGUCCGUAGGCUCCGUGAGGUCAUCAACAAAAACACCUGUGACAUUUUGAAAGAGUUCAUCCAAUAGGACUUUGCGACACAAUAUAAACUUACAUUUUCUUUAAAGAAAAAGUGCACCCGGAAAUGAAAAUUCUGUCAUCAUUGCUCACCCAUGUUCCAAACCUAUUUGAGUUUCUUCUGUGGAAUGUAAAACAUGUUAGGCAGAAUUCUAGCCUCAGUCACCAUUCACUUUCAUUGGAUGGAAAAAGACGCAAUGAAUGUGAAUGGUGACUGAGGCUAACAUUCUGCUAGAUAACAAAUUUAGUCAUAUGGGUUUGGAACAACAAAGAGGAUGAGUAAAUGAUGGCAAAAUAAACAGUUUUGGGUGAACUAUCCCUUUAAGAAAUGUCUGACAUGAUUUUUAUGAGAAUAUAAAAUAAUAAUAGAAUAAUCAUGCUAUUAUUUUGAUAUUUUUCUUUUAAGAAUUUGUGUACAGUUAAGACGGUUUGCUUUGACAAGGUUCAAAUUUGAGACUUACUAAUGUUUCUGCAGCUUGUUUUAAAAUGUUCACAACUUGAGCAACAUGAACUUAAAAGGUUACAAGAGUCGCCCUUACAGUAUCCCCAUGUGAAAGAACACAUUUGUGGACAUUGGACGCAUUAAUCAAACCCAUCUGUUAGACUCUCACUUGCCUGACUUCAAAAGGAGCACCAUGCCUGCCCUAUAAAAUUACAUUCAUAAUUUACUGGCAAGGAUUUUUUUGGCACAUUUUUGUAAUGCUGUCUUAUUUGAUGAUUUUGAUCAGUUAAAUUGCACUUUGCUCUCUGAUUUUUCCUCUGCUUUGUAGAACUCAUGAAGAUUUGUUGCUUUAUAUUGAUUCAAUGACAUGUCCACUGUAUUAUACAGUACAAUUUCCAUAAUGUACUUAGCUACAUUGUAUAGUAUUGAAGAGAAAGUUGAUUGCAGCAGCACGAAUAAUCUGUCUUUGCCCUGUCUUUUAAGUCAUACUUGUGUAGAGAAAAUUGAGUUUAUAUGAUUUAGCACAGACAGUCUUUAUUUUUAAGCUAUUUAUUUUUUUUAAUAACUGAUGAACCAUCAGUGUGAUAAACCAAAAACUGACUGUCAUUUCUCAUAAGCACUUAAAUGUUUUUACAAAACUUUUUUUUUUUUUUAAUAAUCUUUCUACAGUAGCUCAGUGUCUGUCAUGAUUUGCAUUGUGGAAAUGAGACAAAAAUAAACAUUUGA